CAUGUGUCAAACAUGUUUGUCAAACGUGCAUUUUUAAUAUAAUGUUGUUAUUAUUGAUUCAGAAAAAAAAUUCUUAGUAAUGAGCGUUUUUCAUGACGAAAUCGAAAUCGAAGAUUUCGAGUAUGACGAAGAUCUGGAAAUCUAUCAUUAUCCUUGUCCGUGUGGUGAUCGCUUUGAAAUUUCAAAAGAAGACUUAAUUGCUGGUGAAGAGGUUGCAACUUGUCCAUCAUGCUCAUUAAUUGUGAGAGUUAUAUACGACAGCGACAUGUUCCACAGCAAUAUCGAUACGCAAAUAAAUGAAAAUUUUAAUAAGUUGACACUCGAGAAAAAUUAGAAUUAAAUAAAAAACCUUUUUGUAUAAAUACUAAAGAAAAAAUCUG